GCAGGGCAGCUCUGUACAGUACAGUACACUACAGUACAGUACAGUACAGUACAGUACAGUACAGUAGUUGUAGUAGUAGUUACGUCUGAUGUGAUGCACAGUGGCUCAGUGUAUGAGUCUCAGUCUGUUUUAUUUUGAAAAGUAACAACUGACUGUUUGUUCCUUGAAAAGCAUGUGUUCACAUUCUGUUGUAUUUAAAAACAAAUCAUAUUGUCAGUUUUAUUUUGAUUCUCAGCCCAGAUGUCUCUGUGGUUUGUGUGUGUGCGUGUGUGUGUGUGUGUGUGCGUGUGGAAAAGGGCAAAGUUGUUCCUGUUUGUUUUGGAACAUGGCACGGGUUAUUUUCUCAUUCAACAUGAGACCAAGGCUGCACCUUGGGUUUUAUUAGGUCACAGUCAGGUGUGUGUGUGUGUGUGUGUGUGUGUGUGUGUGUGUAUCUGAGCCUACCUUUUAUGAGGAGUGUCAUGUGUAGGUGCGGGUUAACAAGUGUGCUAUAGUGUGUGUGCACGAUGCACGUUUACGACUGCCUGUGUUUGGAGUUUGGAGCAGUGACCCUCUGUGACUGUAGGCUGUCAGGUGGAACACCCGCUGGACACCGCCGUCCAUUUACAUUCAGUUAUCUUACAGUAAUGUGUUGUUGCACCAUGAGACUGUACCACUGCUCAUUUCCUCUGUGUAUUUUUGUUUGGAGUAUCACAUUUUGGUAGGAUGUAAUCAGAGUACUAUUCACCAAGAGUAUAUCUGACACAAAACAGUAGCAUUUAAAGCAAUUAGCAUUGACUCGUCAUUCUAUUUUAAACUUUGUCCAUCCUUAUAAUAUGUCACAUGACACGAACUAUAUCAAGAGUUAAAAACGUCACAGGAGACAAAAACCUUGGCUCGAUAUAAAAGACAGAAUCAUUCUUGUCCUCCUGUUGACAUCUGCAGCAUUUUGUACCCUGCUAACAGAGGAUGCUAACGAAGGCAGCAGAGAAGCAGUGCUGGGACUGAGAAGAGUUAAACCUGAGGCCCAGGCUGACGUUCCGUCAUUACUUCCAAAGUUUACUGAUGAAAGGAGCAGCUUGUGUGCGUUCACAGUCAAAAAAAAACUGAAGUGUUUCCGUACCCUCAGUUCAGACGCUGUCCCACUUGGUGGGCUACUCGACUCCACUCACUGAACCAAAACACAGGCGGCAGCCUCAUUUCAAAGGCUCCUACAGAUGUGUCCUUCCAGACACAGCUUAUCCCAGAAAUGACUGCCUAACAGAUGUCGCUUUGAAAUCAAUUCAGGGCAAAAAGCAUUGACAAAUGUUGUUGGUGAAGAAAGAAACAGUAGGCGUUCAAGAAAAAAAAAAAGAUUUUCUGGAUUUUCUCAUGUCAUGAGCCAUCAGUGAAGGUUAGAACACAGAAGUCAAAUGAUCUGUCGAUCAGACAGUGGCUAAAUAAAAAUGUCUCCAUACUGCAUACUGUCCACCCUGUCCCACACACACCUAAGAGACGGCUGUAAUUCACCUGCUGCUCCACAGUCAGAUGAGCUGUUGGCUGUAGCAACAGACUGAAGCACCAUGGGGCUGGAGGCUCAUUUUCCCUGCGGAGUUACUUGUUGACAGUGUUUUUGUCAGUGUGGUGGAACGACUCUCCUGCUGCUGAGUGAGGCAGCAGUGAGAGGGAUAUCAAGUGAGUUGGCCGAGGCGUCAGGGAGUGCAGGCAGAGUGAGCAGAGGAAAUUAGUGGAGGAGGAAGAGCACGGCAACACAUUUUGACAACUGUGUCUCUCUUUUUUGGAUCAACUCUCUCCCCCAGACGUCCGACCUGUUUGCCAUGAUUGAGAGGAUGCAGGUACAGUAAACGUUCUCCUGAGUAGACUUCCUGCCGACCUGUUCAUUUUUCCUAAUCAGACUAAAUUAAACGUCGUCCCCUGAAUGCCUCGCUUUUUCACUUUUGAAUUAAAACAUUUACUCUUCUUGCCAUGAACUAAUGUUUAUCUGCUUGCUGUGAUAUUGUAAUAUUUGUGUCACUACAACACUACUGUGUGUGUUUUCUGCUCGUCGACCGUCAGUUCUUUCAUCUGCAGCAGUGACUCCCCGAGGCUGCCUCUACAACCAUAUGAUUCUGAAAGUGCUGAACAGAGACUUUCUGUUUGCUCUUCACUGAUGCUGGUAUUCUCUGCAUCAUCAGAUGUGGGAAAUGUUCUGGUUCUUUAUAUUUGUUUUUUUUUUUCCUCGAGUCCUUUGUAAAAGGUGCUUUUCACAAGAAAAAACUCACGAGACACAUUCACAUCAAACAAACCCCCUCUCCUUUGGGUGUGAAUGAGUUGUACACUCUUUAUUCAGACUUCAUGCCACGUGGGUCAAUUUGAAAAUCAUGUGUGAAGAUUCCACCUUUUAAACUUCUUCUAUGUUCUGUGCUUUAGCUCUAAAUUUGGUGACCAGAUUGUGGGUCACAAGCUUUAUUUUUGUUUUCUCAAUACCCUCACUGUGAUGAUGUAUUAGUGAUGGACAAUGAUUGAUUACUUUUAAUGUGAUUAAUCGUAAAAUUGCUUGCAACUAAUUACAGUCAAUCACAUGACCAAGCAUAAAUUCCUGAUUUUUUUAUUUAGAAAGUUAUACUGUAUGAACAAAUGUGUACUGUGGAAAAUAAGAAACUUUAAAGUUGAUUUGCUGGCAUAAGUAAUGUGAUUGCGUUCGAGUGAUAUUCCAAACUUUAAGUGAAUGGCAAAAAGUAUAAAUGUGAACAAUAACGUCUUUGUUGUGCUAACAAAAACCUUUAGUUCUGUUAAAUGCACCUUUUUCUCUAUUUUUUUUUUGUUCCGGUUCAUGUGAGUGCUGAGGUCUUAGGCCCGCCCAAAUCCUCUCAUUGGCAGAGUGCUGGAUGUGCAUUCAGAGCCAAGUUCCAGAAUGGAUGAGCAGAGAUGCCCCCUGCCUCCUCCCCUUAAAACAGAGGAGGACUACAUCCCUUACCCCAGCGUUCAUGAGGUUCUGGGUCGCUGCAGCCCCUUCCCACUCAUCCUGCUGCCUCAGUUUGGUGGGUACUGGAUCGAGGGAACCAAUCAUGAGCCUAAAGACCCCCCAGAUACUGAUCAGCCCCCCUGCCCUACCACCCAAAUCAAACUGGAGACAAACAACACUGCCAAGACCUACAGGAAGACCUUUGUGGGCAAGGAACACUUUAAUUAUUACACCAUGGAUGCUGCCCUGGGCCACUUAGUCUUCUCUAUGAAAUACGAUGUCAUCGGGGAUCAAGAGCAUCUGUGCCUGAUGCUUCGCACAAAAAUAAAAACCUACCAUGACAUCAUUCCUAUUUCCUGCCUUACUGAGUUCCCUAAUGUGGUCCAGAUGGCCAAGCUUGUGUGUGAAGAAGUCAACGUGGACAGGUUUUACCCAGUCCUUUACCCAAAGGCAUCCAGGCUCAUCAUCGCCUUUGAUGAACAUGUCAUAAACAACAACUUUAAGUUUGGAGUUAUUUAUCAAAAGUUUGGUCAGACGACAGAGGAGGAGCUCUUUGGAAACAUGGAGGAAAGUCCAGCCUUUGUGGAAUUCCUGGAGAUUCUGGGCCACAAGAUUGAGCUCCACGACUUUAAAGGGUUUCGGGGGGGACUGGAUGUCACACAUGGGCAGACUGGCACAGAAUCUAUCUACACACAUUUCCAUAAUAAGGAGAUCAUGUUCCAUGUGUCAACCAAGCUGCCGUAUACAGAGGGAGACUCACAACAGCUGCAGAGGAAACGACACAUAGGCAAUGACAUCGUCGCCAUCGUGUUCCAGGAGGAAAACACACCGUUCGUUCCUGACAUGAUCCAGUCCAACUUCCUGCACGCCUACGUGGUGGUGCAGGUGGAGAACGCCUGCACAGACAAUGUCACCUACAAGGUUUCAGUGACAGCGAGAGAUGAUGUACCUUUUUUUGGCCCAGCCCUGCCUGACCCUGCCAUUUUUAAAAAGGGCCCGGAGUUCCGUGAAUUCCUUUUCACAAAGCUGAUCAAUGCAGAGUACGCUUGUUACAAGGCUGAGAAGUUCGCCAAGCUGGAGGAGCGCACCCGUUCUGCUCUUCUGGAGACUCUAUAUGAGGAGCUGCACGUCAACAGCCAGGCCAUGAUGGGCCUCGGUGGAGAUGAAGAUAAGCUGGAGAACGGAGGUGGCGGAGGAGGUGGAGGCUUUUUUGAAUCCUUUAAGCGGGUCAUCCGCAGCAGAAGCCAGUCAAUGGAUGCCAUGGGCCUCAGUAACAAGAAGUUACACACAGUCUCUACUAGUCACAGUGGCAGCUUUACCCACAAUCCCGCAGAGAGCCCCAAAACCCCAGGGAUUUCAUUGCUGGUCCCAGGGAAAAGUCCCAGUAAAUUUGGACGCCGAGGCAGUGCCAUAGGGAUAGGAACAAUAGAAGAGUCAUUGAUAAUUCCUGGGAAAAGUCCAACGAGGAAGAAGUCGGGGCCUUUCAGCUCCCGCCGCAGCAGCGCCAUUGGCAUCGAGAACAUCCAGGAGGUCCAAGAGAGGAGUCGGGAGGUGUCUCCCUGUGCCCAGAGGACACCCAACAGCAGCCAUCUGUCCCAGGAAAACAAAUCAGACAACUCGUCCAAUCAAAGCUCUCCAGACUUCCCAGCUACAAAGAACAGUUUGGCCAUGUGUUACAGGGCUCCAUCCAUCCCAGAGGCACACGAUCUUUCCCGCUCGUCGUCCAACGCCAGCAGCUUCGCCAGUGUUGUGGAGGAGAAUGAGCAGGAGGCGGAGGAGGAGUACGACACUGGACUGGAAAGCAUGUCGUGUCUCACUCCACUGAAGAAAGAGUCGUUUGUGUACAGCUCUGGGCCGGAGGACACCGUGUGCAGUCUGAGCCAGGAAGGUUUUCCAGCUACUCAACUUCAGCAGACACUGGACGGGGUGAAGACUUCAGAGCCAAAAGGGACAGGCAGCAAGGCCAAGACAGAUCGCCCCCUGCAGGAGCAAAGGUUUUCAAUGAACUGUUAGCCACACCUCAUUGAUUACGAUGUCAACAUUAAUUUUAAGCAUUCCCAUGAAAAAGCGUUUGCCAAAAAUGAGCCAAUGGCAUGUGACUGACUGAGCUGCCAGGCACGGGGUCUGAUGGAUGUCCACCUUCAUGAACAUGUCCCUUACCCACUGCCCUCAUUCCAGCUCCUUGGGAAGAGGGGAACCCUCAUGAAAGCUCAAGGCAAAAAGAAGAAAAAAAAAACCCCCAGAUGUCCACACUGUUGCAGCUGAUCAGGCUGCCCGCUGAGCAGAAGACGUCUGCUCCCUCAGGAGAGAUGAUUGGGAGACAGGAAAGUUGCAGUACGGAGCAAAUGUGUUAUAUUCAGCCGUCACAUCCCGUGGUGACGCUGUACAUGGGUAUAACGUUGACUGACCAGGUACGUGUGGAGGCAGGUUUCAGUUUUUUCUCUUCCUUUUCUGAGUAUUAGAGUAUACAGUACUUGAUGAAUCAUGUCGUUUUGGGGUAGUGUACUUUUAUGAUGCUGCUGUUGGUGGUUGUACCAUUUCACUUCAAAAAAAAAGAAGAAAAUACCACAGAAUAUAUGUCAGCUGCUCAUAUAGUUGUUCCACAGUUGCAUCUGUAAACACAGUGUGCUGAUGCUGUAAAUGUGUAGUAAAAAUAAAACUGAAGUUUUACUGUACUGCCCCAACCAGCAACACGCCAUCCCGACAUAGAGCUACUGCUGUGGAGAUGUGUACUGUGUCUCACCACCUGUUGGUUUGUCCGUCUGUGGUGUACAGUAUGUUGUGCAAAGUGUAAAAAUGUGCUCGUCAAAAACCUCCCUCCUCCAUCCACCGGUGCCAUGCUCUCCUCCUCAUUUUUGUUUGUUUUUAAAAAAGAGCCAAAUUUCUGCAGGUGCAGUGCACUUUACAGGUGAAAUAUUCACAACAAUCACCGCAGUUAUGGACUUUGUUCCUAAAAUUUUAUUUUUAAAAGUAUAUGAUAGGUACAUGAGCGCGGCACUACACUUUAAUUUAUUCUAAUAUUUCUGAGCUGUUGUAAAAUAUUUUUUAAAAAUGGUUUUGCUGCUGAAUACGAAUGACACUGUGACUGGACUAAGUCUUGCCUUGAUGAUUGUCAUGUGAGCUGCUGAGUUGCCAGAUCUGGAUGACCUGAAUGUAAACUAUUGGUAAACAUGAAGAUGUAAGUACUUUACUAAUUUCCCAGAGGCCAGUUCUGGUACUGCGUUUAAUUACGGAGCACGAUGAGUCUGAGCCUGAAACAGCUCACUGUUCUCUUGGCUGAGGUUUUUACUCUGCUAUGAAGGAACACACUGACACAUGGGACUACUUUAUUCCAGUCUGAGAACUAGAACUGAUUUGACUUUUAUUGUUGAUGCUUAAAUGAUGAAAGUAUUUGCCGUUUGACAAAGUGCAAACUUCUAAAAACACUGAACCAAA